AAUAAUAUUAUUAAAAAAAAAAUCUAAUAAAAGCGAAAUAAAUUAAAAACCAGAUUAACAAUGAAAAAGUAUUUAUUUCUAUUCAUUUUUAUGUCACUGACUUUCUGCGCAUAAAGUUCUAAUUUAAGAAAAUUCUUGCUUAGAGCUAUACCAUGGGAAUUCAAGAACUGUGGCUCAGAGAACGAUCCUAUGGUCGUAACUGCUAUUACUUUAGAUGCAGUACCUGAGAAAAGUGUCAGUGAUGAAAUUACUAUUGUUGGUGUUAGCAACGUACAUGAUAAAAUAGUUUAGGCUAAGAUCGAUGUAUUUUUAUAAAAUGUUAAAAUUACAUCUCUUAGUUAGCCAUUUGCUCAAGAAGCAGAUCCUGGUGAUUAGUGGAUCUUCAAGUAUGGUUCCUUCAUACCUAACAUAGCACCAACAGGAAGAUAUACAAUUUAAUUUACUUUUGUAAAUUCUCGUUAAUAGUAACUAACAUGUGCUUCACUUUAAAUGGAUCUUUGA